AUGCGUCCCUCCUCGCGCCAGCGGGUAGCCGCCUGGCUGCUCGCGCUGCCGUUGGGUACAGGUGGAGAGGAAUGCGCGCGCCGCGGCCGCCUGGAGAUGAUCUCGUUUUGGCUGCUGUGCUGGAAGCUGUUGAGAGCCACAGCCGGGCUAAGGCGGACUACAGCUGAGCUAACAGACGACGAUAGCUCGGGAAACAAUAACCCCGUCAACAACUCCCCCACAACAGAUCCAGUUACCAUGGAGAUCAGUUCAUCGCCACCGCUAACAGAUGCAGAAAGAGAAAACUCAGUUCUUUGCUGCCGCAGCCGGGACACUGAGGAACUCCAUUACCCAGGGGUCCACGGGGUGCAGCAGCCAAUCAGGGAUGAGCAGGAGGAAGAACCGGUUGCAGAGGGAGAAAAUGGGAAAAAACACGAAGAUGAGUGCGACUAUCUUGUUUUUGAGAUAGGAGAGCCGAAGGGAGGGGAGGAAGGAGAGCCCCUGAUCUCCGCCUCAGACGCCUCAGAGCAGCCUGCAGCGGCCAUGUUGCAAGACGCCUGGGGUCACGACCUCUGCAACAGAGACGACCUCAGUGACUGCCUUCAAGCCGAGCUGGCUAUCGUGUACUCGGACAGCGACGCAGGGGAGGACCAAUGGGCGUCCUUUGCGGCCUGUGAUGUCAACGGCCAGGAAGAAGCAGGCGGAGGGAGUCACGAUAGCGUUCCUGUAGAUUUCCAUGUCCACCAGGAGACCCUCAGUGAAAAUGUCUCCACUGAGCAUGUGGACUUUCUGUUGGCCCGCCAGCAGUGGAGGAAGAUGGAGGAAGAAGUCAAAGGUCAGCCAAUUCCCAAACCAGGGCUCAGAGCCCAGGGGAGCUUCCAGGGCACCCACACUUCCCUGUACCCCCCCACUCGCAGCCCUCGGCUCAAACACAGGGAGAUCCAUCCACCAGCAGCCAGGGAGCCCACACUGUCCUCCACCCUGUCCCCCACUUCAGAGGACUCAGGCCUGGAUGACUCGUUGUACCGCAGCCCCCUGGAGGAGACAGAGACCGCGGUGGAGAGAGAGAUCCGACUGACUCUGGAGAGAGAGGAAAGGCACCGCAGGGAGAGGGGGAUGAUUUCACAGGGCCUGACUAUACCCAGACCAUCCACUCUGCAGACAGGACGAUCUCCACCCAGACCUCCAGCUUGCCGCACCCCUACCUUGUCCAUCUCCCCAUCUCCUUCCUGCUCCUCUUCCCUUCCCCGGUCUCUCUACCAUGAAAUGACAGCCAAUAAUGUCAUAAUCCUGGAGCCCGACUGCUCCAGUUCCUCCUCCAGGAACCGCCUACUCUCCUCUGCCAUCGGGGGCCUCUCCGAUUGGCCAACAAGCCUGGAUACGGUGCCUUCUGCCAAUGUCAUCGUCGUGGAAACCUCCAAUCUGAUCAUCCGCAGCGCGUCUGAGUUCUGCCUAAGCUCAGCGCCGGCGUCAAUGGAAACGCAGGAGAGCACUUUCUCGUCCAAUCCGUUUUUCAAGCUGCGCUCCCUCAGCAGCCAGUCACUGGUGGAGCAAGAGAUCCGCAUGGUGAGGCAGAGGGAGGAGGAACCAUCCACUCUGCAGACAGGACGAUCUCCACCCAGACCUCCAGCUUGCCGCACCCCUACCUUGUCCAUCUCCCCAUCUCCUUCCUGCUCCUCUUCCCUUCCCCGGUCUCUCUACCAUGAAAUGACAGCCAAUAAUGUCAUAAUCCUGGAGCCCGACUGCUCCAGUUCCUCCUCCAGGAACCGCCUACUCUCCUCUGCCAUCGGGGGCCUCUCCGAUUGGCCAACAAGCCUGGAUACGGUGCCUUCUGCCAAUGUCAUCGUCGUGGAAACCUCCAAUCUGAUCAUCCGCAGCGCGUCUGAGUUCUGCCUAAGCUCAGCGCCGGCGUCAAUGGAAACGCAGGAGAGCACUUUCUCGUCCAAUCCGUUUUUCAAGCUGCGCUCCCUCAGCAGCCAGUCACUGGUGGAGCAAGAGAUCCGCAUGGUGAGGCAGAGGGAGGAGGAGUGGAGGAGGCAGAGGGAUGAGAUGUGGAGGAAGAGGAGGGAGGAGGAGUGGAGGAGAGGGAGAGAGAGGUACGAUACUGUGCUGGUGUCUCCGGGCCUGAACGAUAACAUCAGUUACAACGUGCCAGAGGUUCCAGACAGAUGUGUCUCCUCUCCUUCGUCCCCCUCCAGGACCCGCAAAAUGGAACGAUCCAGUUUGUCUUGUGACCACAAGGCAACUCGGAAAUUUCCAUCCUCCAACUAGAAAGGGACGCCACUUAAACUCAGAGUUCCUACUUGUGAACUUGUGAGAAAAGAUACGUACCCGCGAGAAGCAGCUGAACGACGUCACACAACAAUGGCAAGUCCCAUGGAAGCACACACUUGUGGAUCCUGGACACCCUCUCUGGACAAACAUAUUGUAUGAUUCCCCCUCUCUGCCCAGCCUGGUUCUCUCCCAAACCCCUCCUUGGACUUGCCCCCCUGAAACCCCGGACUCUG